AUGCAACCGACAAUUGUCUCAACACUGACCACACUAUAUGUGAUCCACGGGUGCCUUAAGACAAUCGCCGCACUCAACGACCGCAACGUCUUGUUCAGGGAAUCAGUGGACGGGUCGGUGGAGUCCGGGAACUACUCGUACUACUCGUACAACGGCGCCGACAAACUCCUACUGGUGCUGACCACCCAUUCCGGUGACGCAGACCUCUAUGUCUCGCAGUCGGACGCAUCGGGACGUGCGAUGAAACCGUUGUACGACUUCCCGGACCACGACCUCCAGAGUGUCACCUGUGGUGAGGAUGUGGUGCGAGUGGACGACAACUUCCGGCGACCCAUCGGUAUCGCAGUCUACGGCCACCCGAGCCAUGAGACGAGUCGAUACACUCUCGACGUGAUUGGCGUCCACUUCUUCGACGACUUGGACGCCACGGACGAUAACUACGUCUUCGCCACCGACGAUGAGCUCAUCUCUUAUGAGGAGUUCUUCGGCGAACAGUUCCGCGGUUUGGAUAAUAAAGUGCCAAAAAGUCGCCACAAAUCGGGCGACACUUCCGGUGCCCAGAAGGGGGCCAAAGAGGGCUCGGAUGCGGACAACGGGUCCGAGACCUGGGAUUUCGUGAUCAACCUGUUGGCCAACAUUCUCCACAUUCUUCUCGAAGCCAUCCUUUGA